AUGUUCGACUGUAAAUCAACGGAUUAUGGUGCCAAAUCGAGUUUCGAUGCCAUGCGAAACAUUUCACGGGACGCAGGACAGUCGUUUGGGCUGCCUUUAGAAAUGGAUCGAACAACUAUCACGUUAGGCAUAGAAGUUCGUCAAUUCUACCAACCAUUAGUGUACGAAUUGUCGAAAAUUGCACGAGAACGUAUACAAAGGAUGCUUAUCUUCGAUAUGAAAUCAAGCAGUACCAUUCAGGAACAACGACAUGAAGUAACUCGGUAUUUGCGUUUAGUUUUAGGUAACGCAAAAGACAUGAGAGGAAAAUUUGUAUAUGAAGGUGUGUCGACGAUAUCCUGCAUCCUGCCGCAUCUAAUAGAUACCCUGAGGCAAUUCGGCUGGCACAGUGCUUGGGACAGAAACGCAGUCGGAUACGAAGUGUAUCAUGGUGUUCUGGAAUGGAAUUGGUUACUUAUGCUGAUUUUAAAAGAAGUGAAGGAAUGUGCAACAAAUUUCGAAAUAAGUAACGAAUUUUUCGACAUGAAGCCAAUGAAAACAUUUGGUACAUUCUACCGUGACCUAACGGCCAAUAUGCUGGACUUAGCGUACGAGCAGUUUUGCAUACACGUCCUCGACAACAUAACGAAUAAAUCUUCUUAUUCAUGUAUCUGCGUGAAGCAUAUGUGGCUUGGCCUGAUGAUCCUAGCCGACACAGAAAAACUUGAUUUCUGGAAAUGUUUAAAUGAGAGUAUGCCGGUAUCAUUGAAGCAAAAAAAUGAUGCUUACCUCUUUAAAAUAUGGCAUAUAAAUACGCUAGCAAGACUUUACGAGGAAAAGAUGAAAUUGGCCGACGAAGCGCCUCUAAUGACACUGCCAAAUAAUUACACCGUAAUCGACGAUAUCGUGAAAGACUUUCUUAAGUCAGACAUCACAGAAUUCAAGGCGAGGAUUUUCUUGAUACUGUUGAAACCAAUAGUUACAGUGUUAUGGCCCGCACGCAUCGAAACUGUUAUCGCUCUUUGGGACUACUACAGCACUCGGCUUAACUCAGCCUUCCGUACAAACCCGGACUCUUUGCAAACUACGGAUUGUGUUAUUUCAACCGUGCAAGGAUUCGUCGAACAAGCCGCCGCUCUUGCCGCACCGGAAUCGAUAAACGGUCAUUUUGAUCUUGAGCAGAAUAGCUUCCAAAUGUUUCUCAGACUGCUGAGCUGGAUAAUACAACAUUACACGGCACAGGGAAACAAGAAAAAGGUGCAAAUUAUUUUCAAUCGCGUCUUCGUGAAAAUGGGACCGAAAAAAUUUGAAAUGUUGACAAAGCGAGGGGUAUACAACUUUGGAUAUAUGCUGCUUACAAUGAUGAGUGCUACAAGUUUCGACAAUGACUAUUCCAGAGUAUCGGGACUUAUGCAAAUGGUGCCUUUAACAUAUGGUGAAGCAAUGAAGUUACCAAUAGAUAAUACCAUCGACCGUAUCACAGUUGCCUCCCGAGCACAUAUGGCAAUCUUGGUGAAGUUAAGCAGUUCAAGUUUUGAUAAAACAAAACACAUUGUUACUUUUUUGGACAGUAUUGAUGUUGCUCAUUGCAAGUAUGGCGACCGUUUGCAGCCGGCAUUGGAAAUGAUAGCCGAAGGAAUGUGUUUGAUCUACAAGAAAGCUGUCCUUCAAAAGUCUUUUAAUCGCGGCGAAUUAAGCUUACUGCGCCCAUGGAUGCAGAGAUAUCUACGACACAGUUCUGCCAAACGGGGGGAAAAGCUCUUAGAUGUUUUAGCUGAUACAUUAACAGCAUUCCACCGCUCAUCGCCAUGUGAAGAGUAUUUCAGUGCGAUGAAGCAACACGUCAUGCCAUUUGUAAAUGAAAAGUAUUUCGAUAAGGCUGCCGCCCCGUCCUGCAUACCUCGAAUAGCUGCCCGCAUGGUAAUGCAUUGUGCAUCAAGUAAUACUAACAAUGAUCGCAUUACAACUUCUUUCGAAAUGUAUGUCAAUUGCCCAGAUGCUUGUGCGGAUCAAGUUUUAGCAUAUAUGAAAGAGAUAACGCAAUGUUCCAAUACGUUGGCAGCGAUCGACCAAACAGUUAUCAUACGCCAGUGGUUGAAAAUGGGAAUUUUACAUGAUGCUAAAAGUUUGUUAGAUCUCACCCGCAUAGUACACGGACUGGAUGUAUUGAAGGCAUUGUGUGAAAUACCGGAAAAAGAUAUGUUCCAUAGCGAUGCUAUCCCGGUGAAAUUGUUUUUUCGUUUUGUUGGCUUACGUUACCGUCAAGCGGAUGCUUCCGCGCGGAUGGGAAUGAAAAAGAAACUAUACACUAUAUUUGAAGAUUUCGACAAAUGGUUUCCCGACCCUGCAGGUGUUAUUAGGAUGCGCAUUUUUGCCGUGCUUAUACUAGCGUUGAAAGAGUGCCCCCUAGCGUUCUAUUUACGGAUCAACUCAAAAUGUUUGUAUUCUAUAGCAUUCCACCAUUUUUUCCUACCGUUUUGUGUUCUUGUUGACCGCAAUGUACAGCAGGAUUUUAUAGAAGCCAUUGCUAAAAUUUGGCAUCACGUUAUGGACUUCCUUGGGUAUAUGGAUUAUAGGAAUGACCAAAUCAUUGGAGAUAACGUGUAUAACAUGAUGAACAAAUGGAUACCGCAGUUUACCAAAUUAACCAAUGUGAAACAAGCUCUAAGACCUGUGAUGCUAUUCUUCAGUGCCCGUAAUGAAGAUUUUGUGAUGUUUGUGAUGACCCGAUUUGUACAGACGUUUGUGGAUCUUAAGCGAUGCCUUCCGAAUGCAUAUUCGGUGGAAGUAAUGGAAAUUUUAAAACAUCUCAUAAAAAAUCUUGCAAAACAAAAGGAUUACGGCAAAAUAACAUUAUUUAUUCGAACAACGGGACUAUCAGUAACGCAGCAUGCUUUUAUGUGCAACGAAAAGUAUCAUAGUCGAUUAAUUGCUUCGGAAAUUUUGUUUGAUUUGUUGGCCAGUACAAAUGAACCCUCGAAUUUGAUAAAACUAGAAAUGAGAAACGUUUUGAUUGCUUUCACUCUUAAAUACUUCCCCGUUUCUGAGGAAUGCUACAUUAAAUUCAUGACCCGAUUUGUUUUUCGUUAUCCCAACUUUUUUCGUUCUUUGAUUGAUUGUAUACGCCGUGAAGUGGCUAAAACUGAAAUAACAUGUGCUCAAAACAAAACGGACGGAGUUCUAAGCCAAGCUUCAUACUUGUUAGAGCGAGAAUUAAAUACAAAACUGAAAUCGAAUAAUGUAAAAUGAUGUACAUACGCCGCGACGUGGCUAAAACUGAAAUAACAUGUGCUCAAAACAAAACGGACGGAGUUCUAAGCCAAGCUUCAUACAUGUUAGAGCGAGAAUUAAAUACAAAACUGAAAUUGAAUAAUGUAAAAUGAUGUACAUACGCCGCGACGUGGCUGAAAUUGAAAUAACAUGUGCUCAAAACAAAACGAACGGAGUUCUAAGCCAAGCUCCAUACAUGUUCGAGCGAGAAUUAAAUACAAAACUGAAAUGUAGUGUAAAGUGAUGUACAUGUCAAGGGGUGAAAAGAAUUUAAAAAGAAAUAACAU